CGUUUGCAAUUGCAACAGCGCCCAAAAGAUUCAAAAACACACAAACGGCCGUAACUUAACGCCGUUAACACACCUACUAUUUAUACACCCACCGCGUUAACCGCACAGAAAUUACUUUCAAGCUCUCAAACUGUUCAAAUCCUCUUCAAUCCUCCAAUGGGAAUGGAAGUCGCUAACGUAUGUACGGACAAGGAAGUAGACUCUGUCACUAUGGAUUCUAACGAUCUUUCCGGCAAAUCAAGUAACGAUCUUUCUGGCGGUUCAAGGAACGAUCUAUCUGGCGAUUCACACACUGAUCUUUUGGUCGAUUCUAAUGUUUCCGUCGACGAGGACUCAAAGCCUGAUACUCCGACAACGGAUGGAGUUAAAGAGUUCGAAGAGAAGAUAUGUAUUAUCGAAGAUAUAAAGCAUAUAGAUAAUCUUUCCGGUGAUUCAACUAAUGCUGCAACGGACUCUGACAUUGGCUUGGUGAAGGAGAAGACGGCAUCUGGCACGCAGCAAAUAGAAGGCGAAAGUAAGAAGUCAAACACACCGGUCAAACCUUCAACCAAAUCUGCUAAAACAAAAUCCACUGUUCCACAGCCGUUUGCUCUUGCUACUGAAAAGCGCGCCCGCCCUGUUGGCAAUCUUGUUGCUAAAAAGUCUCAUUCAAGCAAAGUUACAAAGAAAACCAAUGAAGGUGUCCCACCUUUGGUAGGGAGGAAGCCUUUGCAACCAAAUAACAAGAAGCAUGCGGAUGACGACGAUUCUUGUUCUGUUGCUUCCUCUACUGCUGCAAUACCGAGGACCGUAAGGUCUAAGCCCACUUCUGCAGCAGUUCCAGUGUUCAGGUGCAGCACACGUGCAGAGAGACGAAAAGAGUUUUAUUCCAAAUUAGAGGAGAAACAGCAAGCACUGGAGGCAGAGAAAAUUCAAUGUGAGGCAAGGUCCAAGGAGGAAAAAGAAGCAGCACUGAAGCAACUCAGAAAGAGUUUGACAUUUAAGGCAAACCCAAUGCCAAGCUUCUACCAUGAGGGCCCGCCACCGAAGGUUGAGCUAAAGAAGCCACCACCAACUCGUGCAAAAUCGCCAAAAUUAGGCAGAAGGAAAAGCUGCAGCGUCACAACCGGUUUAGACAAGUCAAACGUAACAAAUGCUACGGUUCGCCGUAGUCUUGCUAUCUACCAAGACACAACAAACAAAAGUGAUAACUUAAUGUCUCAAACUCAUGAUGAAACCGAGCCAAACGAACCUGCUUUGACCAGUAUUACCGAAGACUUUAACGAGAAGGUUACUAUGCAAUCUUGAGUCCCUACUUCUUGGUGAGUUUUCUAAUUUAUACAAUCUUGAUUGUAUUUUUGUUAACUUUAUCAUCGAACCCUGAUCUUGAUCAGGGAUCCGCGGUGUUUCUCUUAACAUGUUUGUUUCGUUUGGCGGUUUGGUAUUUAUUAUGUAUGAAGUGUAACUUAUACUGCAAGGUGUUCUCUUUCUUUAUGAAUGUUGCCCUGUUGUAAAUUAUGUUUUUCUUUUUUA